UCUCCCCCUCUUCUCUAGGUGGAGUAUAAAUCUAUCAAUCAACCGCUGCUACUUUUCCACUCCGAUUCGUCGCCUCCUCCCCUCCCGGCCGCUGCUGCUGCCCCUUAUCCCCGUCCCUUUCCCCUCCCACCCGCCCGCAACCAGCGAACUUUCCCCUCCCCGGUGGAUCGGACCUCCGCCGCGCUCAAUCCAUGUCGGAGGAAUCAGGUCGCCCUUUACCCAAGUUUGGAGAAUGGGACGUCAAUGACCCAGCUUCUGCUGAUGGAUUCACGGUUAUAUUCAACAAAGCAAGAGAUGAGAAAAAGGCUGGGAAUGGACAAGAUACUGAAUCUCCUUGCAAAGACACAAGGACUGAGAGGGUGGAAUCUUAUGCCGCCAAGACAAACUCAAAGAAAUGGUUUUGCUGUGUGACACCCAGUCCUACACAAUCUUAAGGGGGAAGACAAGUGUCAGCAGAAGAAAUGGUCGCGAAAGUAUGGUCCUUUAAUUUUGCUAUAUAUACAUACUAUCCAUAAGAACUUGUAGAGAUAGCCAGGCUCUCUGGGCCAUCACGAUGGUUAUCUCAUAAAACUCUGAAGUGUGUGUAUGUAUGGUGUGAGGGUUAUCAGACAUCAUUUGGAUAAGUGAACUUCUGAUUGUAAUUCUGGUCUUCCCCAUCGAUCUGCUUUUGUGCUAUAGUGGAGUACUUCCUCUGAUCCUAAGUUCUUA